AUAAUGCCUCACAUGCCAGAGGAAUCUCUGAACCAAGUUUUGCGGGCGAGUUGACUACUUCUCCGGGCUUUCCAUCCCUCUCAGAGAGUUGACUUGUCACCAUGAUGCCUGGAGGUUUAACAGCUGUCAAACCAGCUACGCCUGAGAUUCAACAGCUGGCUGACAAGGUGAAACCUCAAUUAGAAGCAAAGGAAAACAAGAAGUACCCUGCUUACAGGGCUGUAGAGUACAGAACACAGGUGGUGGCUGGUGUAAACUACUUUAUUAAGACUGAAGUGGGUCAUGGCGAGUAUAUACACCUGCGUAUAUAUCAGCAACUUCCGUGCAACAAUGGGGAAAUCUCCUUGACCAGUUACCAGACUGGCAAAACAGCGAGUGAUCCACUUAAUUACUUUGACUAGGAGUCCCCUCAUCUUAAGCUCGUCUUUCUUUAUACAUGGAAUACAACUGACAUCUCAAAGUCAGCAAACGCUUAAAAAUAAAACUAAUCAGAUCUGAGAAA